AUGGCUUCCAUCGCCGCCGUGCUUGGCGCCACGGUGACGCCAGACACCUGCAGCUCAGCCCUCUGCAUCCACCCCACCACCGGCCAUGUUGCCUAUCCAGCCGGACCGCUCGUCGUCCUCUUCCACCCAACGACCAAGGAGCGGCGCGUGGUUCACUUUGGCACCAGCAAGCGAACCGAGUCCAGUGCAUCGACUGGUGCGAAUGCAAUCACAGCGAUUGCGAUUGCGCCCAACGGACGCUUCUUGGCUGCCGCUCAGUCGGGACAGCAGCCGGAAGUCGUGGUCUGGGACUUGCAGCAAGAGGCUGUUGUCGCAAGACUGAAACGCCAUUCGCACGCGGUCGCAUGUGUGGCGUUCUCGCCGGAUAGCAAGCUCCUGGUGUCUGUGGGCGUUCAGCACGAUGGAAUGGUCUGUGUGUGGAACUGGCGCACCGAAAUCGAGCUUGCGAGCAACAGACUCACGUCAAAGACAUAUCACGUCGCAUUCACCGAAGAUGGUGGCUCGUUCGUCACAUGUGGAGUUCGAAGCGCCAAGAUCUGGACGAUUGAACGGCCGACCCAACCAUCGAGUCCUUCCAGCGAAUCAAGCAGCAUUCUGCAAGGAAAGCCGCUCGGGCUCGGCGAACAAGCCAGCCAAACAUUCACAUCGGUUGCCUGCGGAGUUGGUGCCGCAAAGGACAGGAUUUUUGCCAUUACAGCCACCGGAAUUUUGUGCACCUUCAACUCUCAAAGACAACUCGAAAACUGGAUGGACGUGAAGGCGGAACGCUGCUUUGCACUGGCCGUGAAUGCCACUCACCUUAUCAUUGGCGGAGCAUCGGGUAUCAUUCGAGCAUUUGAGCCAACCACGCUCCAGCACAUCACGUCGCUGUCACAUCCGUGUUUGAACCAGAACACCUCAAACGCAGAGCUGCCAUUGCAUGCCGUUUCGGUUGCCGUCGAUGCAAGCAGCUCUCGGCUGGCUGUCCGAUUUGCAGAUCGAUCACUCUGUGUUUGGAACCUUGAAGGCGUGCCAUCGCUUCUUGCACACGAGACGUUCCAUGCUUCAGCGGUCCGGGCAUUGUCGGCGUCGCUGGCGGACAGCAAUCAGCCGCAGUUUUACGCCGGUGGCUCGGACUGCUCCCUUAAACUCUGGAGCGCAAGAGAACUCGGUGGACAAACGGACUUCAAGAUGGAAGGCUCCAUUUCCACUGCACUCGCAAAGUCGUCCUUGGUGACGCCAAUGUCUGAACUUGAUCAAAUGGCACCGUUUGUAGCCGUCAACAGUCCUCAUGGAAUCACGUGCAUGUCAAACAGCAGUGACGGUCGAUUUGUUGCCGCUGGACUUCAGAGUGGCCGAAUUCGUCUGUUUGAUCAACAGUUGACCAAAAUGAUAAGCGACGUCCCGGCGCACACCAAUGAAGUCACCUGCAUCGAGUUUGCCUUGUCUCCUUUGAAAGAGUCCCAAUACCUUCUUGCGUCCGGAAGCCGAGAUCGCAGUGUCUUGGUUCACACUGUCAACGGCGAUGGAGAGGCCAGCCUCCUGGCCACCCUGACCGAGCACAGCAGCUCCAUUUCCAGCCUUCGAUUCGCCACCGCACCCGUGUCAGGAAGCUCAUCAGCUCUGUUCCUGUUGAGCGCUUCCUCCGACAAGAGUGUUCUAGUGCGAUCGUUCAACGAGACCACAUCGUCGUUCGAUCGGGAACGAGUCAUUGUGCAAAAGAGCAGCAUCACGGACUUGUGCUUGCUACCCCAAAGCCCCGGCGAAGUGGCGAUUGUUGGUGGAGGUUCGAGUCCAAGCGUUCGAGUGUACUCGUUUUUGACUGGCAAGCUCGAACAAACGGUCAAUAUUACGUCUCAGCCAGACCAAUCGCCGAUUGCUGCGUCCAUCGUCGGGAUGCAACUGCAUCCUGGCAACCCUUCGAUUGCAGCCCUUGUGUGUUCCGACAAGGUGGUGCGUGUCGUAGACUUGGCCAACCAAGUUCAGUGGUUUGAGCUUUGUGGGCAUUCCGAGGGCGUUUCUGCCGUUCACUGGGUGUGCGCUCGAAAGGAAUGGCUGCUGUUGACAAGCUCAAGCGAUGGAUGUGUUGUCCUUUGGCGGAUCAAAGGGCUUCCUGUCGUUCCCGUGAUUGCAGACUCAAAAUCUAUUGUCGAGACGACGACGACGACCACGACGACGACCCCUGUGCCAACUACAGAAGCUUCCGCGCAGGUGGCCGCGGCUCCAGCACCUUCAUUUGCUGUUUCGCCGCAGUGGACGCUGACCGACACUGAGGUGGAAGCGUUGCUGGACAAGAGCAAGUGGAUGCAAGAUUUGAUGCAGUCUCGCCUCAUUCUGUUGCCUGGAACAAAGGCGAAUAUGGGCAGCUUUGAAGAGAUUGAUGCUGCCGUGGACGCCCGCUUUGCGUUGGCAGCACAGCCAACGGAAUCGAGCUCUGACGGUGCAGCAUCUCAACCGCUUACAACACCAGCCACAUUACAAUUGGAGCCCACCAACCCUCACAUCAUUGGUACAAGCGUAGCAACAGCGAUUGCUGUGCCUGCACCUGCCGCAGCAAAAUCCAAGAGCAGCAGACUCGCGGACGAGGUGGAAAAGACACGUCAACGAUUGUUGGCUCUGGGUAUCACCUUGAAGCCGUCGGCGGCCACAUCCACCGGGAGUGCAAUCGCAGCGAGUGGUGAAAAGAAUGUCAACGUAGAAAAUGCCAGCGCGAACAGCGCGGCCACCCGUUUGCAGCAACCCACGAAAGGAGGCAAGUCCAGCUCUUCAAGCGAACCAGUCACCCCGACGCUCAAGCGAAACGGACUGACAAAUUCUGUGGCAACGCCGUCUCCCAGCCGCUCACGCAAUACACGGGCAUCGCCCCGGAACCAGCGAGCUUCGCCAAGUCGAACCAUACCUUCAACACCUCCUUCCAGCAUGUCGUUGGAUACGCCACCGUCGUCGCAGCCUUCGUCAGAAGGACGAUACCGUGGCGACGACGCCCUCAUGGACCCGAUUGACACCGAGCAAAUCCAGGAUCCAUCCGAGCUGACAGAUGCAGAGCUUUUUGAUCACACGGAGGCGGCCAUCGAGCAGCUGAAGGCUCAGUUCGACUAUGCGUUCUUGCUCUAUCGGCACACCGUUGAGCGCCAACCCGAAGAGGAGGCCAGGCCUGCGGUUUAUGGCCGAUGGCACGACACUUGCACCCACGCUGAAAGUGUGUUUGCCGACACGCAAAAAGUGCUGGAUGAUCUGCUCAAUCCUCGCCAAGAUAAGACCAUGGCGUUGCUCGACCAGUAUUCGAACAUGCUCGUGUCCAUGGUGCGCGACAAGAUGCAAGGCGUGCCGGUAGCUGGCGGAGCAUCGUCCAGCACAGAGUGAUGUUGUGCAGGUGCAGCAUUGCGAGCAAAGUAGUGCGUGAAAAUGAACAUAAUGUACAAUAAAUACAAAAACAACUCCA